GAGGGGGCGUCAGAGACCCGGGAAGCGGCUUGGGCUGUCAGGUCGCACUUCGAGGAGGAUGGCGCAGUCGCGAGGAGCCAGCUCCCCGGACCCGGACGAUGUCCGGCCUCUCAAGCCGUGUCUGCUGCGUCGCAACCACAGCCGCGAUCAGCACGGCGUGGCGGCCUCCUGCCUCGAGGAGCUGAGGAGCAAAGCUUGUGAAAUCCUGGCCAUUGAUGAGUCCCUGACGCCAAUCACACUGGUCCUGGCAGAGGACGGCACAGUAGUGGAUGACGAUGACUACUUCCUCUGUCUCCCCUCCAAUACCAAGUUUGUGGCGCUGGCCCGCACAGAGAAGUGGACAUACACCAAUUCGGAUGGAGGAACAGCCUGGGUUUCCCAAGAGUCCUUCGAUGCUGACCAGACAGACAGCGGGGUAGGGGUGAAGUGGAGGAACGUGGCCAGACAGCUGAAGAACGAUCUGUCCAGCAUCGUCCUGCUGUCAGAAGAGGACCUCCAGGUACUCAUCGACAUCCCGUGUCCAGAGCUGGCUCGGGAACUUUGCCAGAGUUGUGCCACUGUCCAAGGGCUCCAGAGCACACUCCAACAGGUGCUUGACCAGAGGGAGGAGGCCCGCCAGUCCAAGCAGCUCCUGGAACUGUAUCUCCGGGCCUUGGAGAAGGAGGGCGACAUCUUGUCCAACCAGGAAGAGUCCAAAGCUGCCUUGGGUGGAGACUCGGAUGCGGUUGACACGGGCAUCACCAAAGAGAUGGCUUCGGGCGUGGCUCUGACAAGCCGAAUCCUUACCACACUGAGGGAGAAGCCUGCUCCAGAGCUGAGUUUAUCUAGUCAGGAUUUGGAGUUGGUCUCCAAGGAGGACCCCGAAGCCCUGGCUGUUGCUUUGAACUGGGACAUAAAGAAGGCGGGAACGGUCCAGCAGGCCUGCAGCAUGGAGCUCACCCUGCGCCUGCAGCAAGUGGGGAGCUUGCGUUCACUCCGGAGUCUUUCGGUGAGGAAGAGCCCGCCGUCUGGGGAACAGCAGAGUCCCAAACGAGCCAAACAGGACCCCGAGUAGCUCCACCAGGAGCGUGACUUGCUGAGGAGAAGCCUUGGUUUUGUUACCAGUAAACAACCGCCCCUUGUCAUUUUACUACCUACAGUCUUCUCUACCUCCUGCUUCCGGGUGCUCUUUCUAGCACAGGUGGCUUCUACCUGUUCCAGAAAAGCUGUUCCAGCCUAUACAAUGCCCUUCUACCUCCUCUUAGUGUAAAAGAAUUUUUCAAGACAGGGUUUCUCUGUGUAGCCCUGGCGUCCUGGAACUCACUGGGUAGACCAGGCUGGCCUCGAACUCACAGAGAUCCGCCUGCCUCUGCCUCCCGAGUGCUGGGAUUAAAGGCGUGCGCCACCACCGCCCGGCCAGAUUUUCAUUUUUGUUUCUUGAAUGUAUAUGAGUGCUUUGCCUGCAUGAACGUCUGUGUCCCAUGUGUGCACCUCGAGUCCACGAAGGCCAGAAGAGGGUGUCAGACCCCGGAACUGGAGUCACAGACUCUGGGUGCUCCAGCUCCCAGAAUGCACUUAUUGUAGAGGAGGCCUUAGGUCCCUUGUCAAAGGCUGAGAAAACUUGUCAUACUUAGGACUCAUUCUACAACUUGAACAGCAGAGUCUCAGACACAGAUAAUGGCAAAGAAAAGGCUAACGGUGGCCGUGAACUUCCUUCCCAAGUUAAUGUGGUUGCUGUUUGAGUAAAGGCAUUUACUGCAUCUGCAAACCCCAGGGACAUGGAGUCACAUCCACCACUCCUAAUAUCUGACUCAGCGCUGUGAAGCUGUCGCUACUGUGAAACUCUGUUCCAUUUCCUAAUAUGCUUUGCCAGCAGGGGGUAGAAAGUGUAGCUAAGUGAUUCCUGUGUUGUGGCCCCAAGUCCGUGAAGAGCAGCACGCUUCUGGCUUCCUCCCCUGUUUCUGCUCAGACUGCUGCAACUUCUGCAAUCUACAGUGCAGUCUGCCUUCAAGGAAAGGACGCAUAGUUACGUGGCAUUUGGCUUGCGUAUGCUGGGAAGAAAAUGCUGCUGUUACCCCCCUGGUGUGUGUGUGUGUGUGUGUGUGUGUGUGUGUGUGUGUGUGUGUGUGUGUGUGUGUAGGUUCUGGGUGCUAGGAUUGAACGAGGGCCUCAUACGUAGUGAGCACAUCCCCCUAAUGAACCACCCCCCAGCCUCACAUUAGCCAGUUAAGCAAAGAAAUGUAGCAUUAAGUCUUGUGGUAAAGGCGAGGUGCAGAAAACAGAUGAACCGUUUCCUCAGCUACAGCAGGAGUCACGCCUGUCAGCAGCUUUUCCGUCUCAUACAUAGUGCCUUACACGUCAGUUCCCAUGUCAGCGCCCCCAGUUCCUCCCAGUCUUUGGGUUUGUUUGUUUUUCCAGACAGGGUUUCUCUGUGUAGCUCUGUAGACCAGGCUGGCCUCAAACUCACAGAGAUCGGCCUGCCUCUGCCUCCCGAGUGCUGAGAUUAAAGGCGAGUGCCACCACCGCCCGGCCCUCCAAGUCUUUGUGAUACCUCUCAGUCCUUAAAUAAAGCCACUGCUAUGA